UGCCCUUUGUUUCCCCUUUAACGUGUGUGUUUAUAUAGACUCCACCCAUCAAUCCUCUCACUCAUCGCCACUAAAAAUUCCCAAAGCCUUUUCUUCACGUUAUGGAUUGGAGCAGAGGCCGUAUCUUAGGCCACGGCUCCUCCGCCACCGUCUCUCUUGCCUCCUCCUGCCGCUCCGACCUCGUCUUCGCCGUCAAGUCAUCGGAGCUGUCUCGCUCUCUGUUCUUACAGAGAGAACAGAGCAUCCUAUCUACUGUAUCCUCUCCUUAUAUUGUCGCCUAUAAAGGGUGUGAUGUUACUCGAGAGAAUAACAAGCUCUUUUACAACCUCUUCAUGGAAUACAUGCCCUUUGGUAAUAUUCUUCAGGCGGUUCAACGGCACGGCGGCCACCUCGACUUGGGUUUCGUCGGCUGCUACACGUGGCAGAUUUUGCAGGGGCUGGAGUAUUUACAUUCCAACGGGCUGGUACAUUGUGACAUUAAGAGCACCAACGUAUUGAUUGGUGAAGAUGGAGCGAAGAUCUCGGAUUUCGGAUGUGCCAAGCGUGUUGAUGACACGGCAGCGCCGACCAGCGGGACGCCCAUGUUUAUGGCGCCGGAGGUGGCGCGUGGGGAAGAACAGGGGUGUGCUGGUGAUAUUUGGGCACUUGGGUGCACAGUGAUGGAAAUGGCUUCUGGGAUUUCACCGUGGCCGAACGCUGCGGAGCCUUACUCUGUUCUUCAUCGGAUUGCUUGUUCUGGCGAGAGACCGGAGAUUCCAGGGUUACUACCGGAGGAAGCAAAGGAUUUCUUGGACAAGUGCUUGAAGAGGAAUCCGAAAGAGAGAUGGACGGCUACUCAACUGUUAAACCACCCAUUCGUCACGGAAUUCAAUUCGAAAUCCGCCGUGAAUGAAAUUCAAAAACUCAAUUCGAGUUCACCCACAUGCGUCCUUGAGCAAGGGUUUUGGAAUUCCAUGGAGGAAUCGGAAACUCACGGGAUUUUGAUUCGCACGAAGUUUGAAAACACAGCUGCUGAUAGAAUCAAAAGGUUGGCUGAGUUCUCAGGGGAACCCAGAUGGACACGUGAUGAUAAUUGGAUCACAAUCAGAGGAACCGAUGAAGCGUCAGCUUCAAUCAGUGACGAUGGUUUGGAAGAGUCGGUGACAAGCAACGUUAGAAGUAGGAUUAGUGGGUGUUUCAGCCGAAAUUACUAAUCUAGACAAAUCAGUGAUGUGAUUAGUACUAAUUACAAUUUUGAGAGAGGCAUUGUUAAUAGGAUGCUACAGCCUUCCGUGUCAGUUUACUUGUGAUUAAUUUACUUCAAGAUUCAAUUUUUCUUCUCU